CACCGCACUGUUAUUGUCUGGACUGCCUGGCUAACAUGGCGGCUACUGGCUGCGUCUUCCACAGAACCCUGACCCGGACCAGACCCGGUCCGAACCAGGCGUCCUCGUCCGUUCCCGCCGUCUGCAGACAGUUUGUCUUCGUGGUGGACCUGCAGCGCUACAGCAGAGACCAGGGAUCCUCCGUCUACUUCCCCCAGGCUGUCCUCAACGGUGAGGACCUGUAUGACGUCACACUGACAGACGGGGACUGCAGGCUUCGUGUGACUCUGGAUCCUGGUCUGAACCGGCUGGUGGAGAGGGACGUGUUGCGGUCGGGAGCGACGCUACGCAACGCCGCCUUCACCCCCGCCAUGACCGCUCAGCUCCCAGCAUGCCCCGGGGCCUCUGGAGAGAGAGACAGCUACAGACUGGUGAGUGUGGAGGUCAAAGGUCGCGCUCCAGACGACGAUGAUGAUGAUGAGGAGGAUGGAGUCAGGAGGUCGGACGCGGACUGGGACUCUCUGCCCUGGUUUGGAUCCUCAGAGGCAGCAGGCUCUCUGGUUCCUCUGAGAGCCAAUAGGAUCGUGUUUCUCCCUCUGUGGAACAAUGUGGACUACAGCGGGGAGGGAUGGAGGGAAACUCCGCCCACUGAGGAAGAGGAUGAAGACGAAGAGGAGGAAGUGCGAUGUCCCGCCGUGACGGUGUCCGAGCUGCGUGACGCCUUCCUGUCCGGUCACCGGGGCGUCGCCAGGGGCGCCGUCCAGCAUCAGCUGAUCGUACGCGUCAUAAACAAGUCACACCUGAUGUAUUACGGGAGAACAGACCGGAACUGCGAGUGUCCGUAUAAGGCGGUGUUGGAGGUGUGCGACAGGACAGGAAGUGUGUGUGUGGUGUUGUGGAACAGCGUGUGUGUCGACUGGUAUCGCUGCGUGAAGCCCGGUGACGUCAUCGGCCUGAGCCGCUACCGAGUCAAACAGCAUUACCAGGCGGAGCGCGACGACAUCGAGAUCAGCGUGAACAGCAGAAAUCCCGCCGCUCGCAUCUCUGUUCUCCCAGAAUCCUCUGUGGCGCCUGAAUAUGUACCACCGGCUCCCGCCUACAGCUUCUACAGCAGUAAGGAGCUGCUGGACCGUCCUCACGGCGUCCUGUGUGAUGUCAUCGGCCUGCUGACGUUCUCGGGUCGGCCGGAGCGAAUCAGGAGCAAGGACGGUCGAGGGGCGGAGCUUUUGGAGUACCGCUGGCUGCGACUGGAGGACGGUUCCAGCGAUCGGCCAAUCACGGUGAAGCUCUUCUCCACGUCUCAACCUGAAACCCACCGCAAGCUCCACCCACUGUCGGUGGUUGUUUGCACCAGACUGAAGUUGAUCAAAGCUUCAGAUCAGAGCUGCUUCUACCUGACAAAUACAACGUACACACAGGUGUACUGCACAGGUCUGGGCCACCACUCGGAGAUGAGUUACCGUAAGCUGCGGCCGGUGCGGCAGUUCCUGCAGUGGCUGAGGAGUCAGGACGAUGCCCAGGUGCUGAGCAGGGCUCUGAUCGGAGGUUUCUUCAUCUACCCGCCUCCUCCCGUCUCCUUGGAAACGUACAUGAAAGAGAGGAGAGGUGAGCCAGGUUUCCUGCGAGGGGCGGAGUUUCAGAGGGAGGUGGAGAGGCUCUGUUACCGGGAGCGACGCACCUUCUGUAUCCAGGCAACUGUUACCAUGGUUGCCUACUGCCGCAGAGGAGAGGAGGAUCGUUGUCUGCUGUGGAUGGACAGAGCUUCAUCUCUCUCACCCUCCUCCUCCUCUUCCUCCCCUCGUCUCCCUAAACCCUCCCCGUCUCCUCACCUGUCUCCCUCCCCCUCCUCCUCCUCCUGCUGCUCCUCCUCUUUCUUCCCUCUCCCCUCCACCCCUCGUUCACCCCGACCUCCUCUCUCCUCCCCCUGCUCCUCUCCGUCAUCAGCUGUCAGUCAGCUGACGCCCCGCCUCCCGCAGCGAAGAGGAGGGAAGUCGUGUAAGAGGAAGCAGCUCCUGCAGCCAGAAACUCCGAAGAAAAGCCCCCGAGUUACAUUACAACCAGAACAGCACAACAACACAGUCAUUCUGUUCGAAGCCUCCAUGGAGUUUCUAGAAAACACCAACGCCAAUGAAGACGACGAUAGUGAUGAUGACGACGACGACGAUGAAGACGCCUCGUCCUUCGUCACAGCCCCCUUCCUUCCCCCUUUCCCGCCUGUCGCCGCGGAGACGCUGCGGAUGCACUACGACCACGGUCGCAGGGAGGAGCAGGCGGACGCCGUGGCGAUGGGAGGGAGAGCGACGGCCGCCGGGAGGUUCGACUCUGAGAACUACUACACGCUGAGGCUGAGAGCUCUGUCAGACGGCGUGCUGCUCGACGCCACCUUCCUCCCUCAGUCCUCCUCUUCCUCGCUCUGUCCUCCCCUCCUCUCUCACUCCAACACCUGGACCUCCAUCUUGUCUCACGGAGCCUUCUCCUCCCACACGCCGCCGCCCUCCCCAGGUGACCUCAUAGGUAUGGCGGCCCAGCUGACCAAUCAGAGGCUGGUGUGCGUCCUGGAGGCGUGUCAUCUGGGCGGAGCCACAACGGAGGUCGUCCUGAGCCGAGCGUUCCUGCUGACCGACUGACUCGUUUUCGUCUGCUUAUACUCGUGAGGACACACGUAGGACAUGUUGCAUUCUUUAAUAAUUAAACCAAACGUUAUCUUAAAACCAAAUAUUAACCUUCAAAAUAAGAGUCGUCCCCACAAAGAAAACAAUACAAAGACACAUUGUUUUCUUCCACUGGUCCUGGUUUGGAUACUGACUGUCACCCUGAUGCCUGAUGGGAGUUGUAGUUGUAAAGUUGGGUUUGUAACUUAUUAUUUGUAAUAUUAUUUUUAUACGUGAUAAUUUAUUGUAUUUAUAGAAGUAUUUUAUGGUGUUUACAUUUAGUAGGAUACAUUUUGAUGCACUUUACUUUGUGAUGAUGUUAUGUUGGGAGUUUUCUACUUUUUUUUUUUUAUUUGACCGUGUUUAUUUGCCUUAAAAAGCACCAGUAACAGUUACUAAUUCAAUACUCACAAUGUUGGGAAUUGUAGUUUUUUAACUGUACAUUUGACUACAGUUAAAAAGCACCAGCUGGGGUUUUGUAUGCUUAAAACCUGGUGGGAUUUGUAGUUUAUUUUUAAUUUAAUUUUCAUGGUUUGGAGUUGAAUAAAAUAGAAAAUUACAACUUUCACUGUCAAAAUACAACAACUUUUUUUCCCCAGGAGUGUUUUUACAGUGUUUUUUUUUCUUGAAAAAUUAAAAUUUUCUUGAAAAAAAUAUUUUGCUCUUGGAAUGAAAAUCGUCAAAAUAUUUUUAGAACAGUGGAGUUUGGUCUGCAGUUUCCUUGAAAAUGAUUAACAGGUUACUUUGAUGUUUAUAUGCAGUUUAGUUUCUGUCUCUUGGCAACAUUAUGUGUGUCUGAGGCUCUUUUUUUCUGGGAAGUUUAAAUUCUAUAAUUAAAAAUAUGUACCUGCUUGGUAUUUUAUAAUCACUCCUGACUACUUGAAGCACUUUUUGGCCAACAAAAUAAAUCAAUAAGUAUUUAACAGCAGAGUGGAGAAGGCUUUGAACCAGCAUGUAUACCCUCUAACAUUCACAGAAAAUAUGUUUAACAGAAAACUAAAUAAGUAAACUGAAAAAUCUAAUUAAUACAAAGUUGUACAGACUUUGUUCAUGUUUUUAUCUUUGCUGUUUGUUCUGACAGUAAAGCCUCAGUUUGAAGUGUGACGUGUUAAAAUUCUGUUUUAGUGCCAAAAAAGUUCCUGCAGUAUUCGUCCAACACAAACAGUCUGCUGUUGUAUAAUUCUGUUGUUUUUAUAUCUGUGAAUAGUUUUGUAUUUGUUUCAUAUUUCUCAAAUUCACAGCUUGUUAAAGCUGCUGUCGUUAUUUAAAACACUUAUCUCAAAAUGCAUUUUGUUUUUUGUUAUUUUCUGAACUGUGUAAAAUUUUGCAUUUUGGAGAAAUAAGUUUUCAUUUCAGUUGUUGCACUCUAAUAAACGUUUCACCUUCA